GUUCCGAGAGAGAGAGAGAAAGAGAGAGAGAGAUCGGGCUGCCGCUCUGUGCUUCCUUCGAUUCCCAACUGUGUAUUGUCUAUUUUAGGGUUCUUCCUUCUUCGCAUUUGAAUCAAAUCAAUAAAAUAGAAGUGUACAUAUAUAUAGAGAUAUAGUUAGAGAUGUGGAUGUAGGGAAGGGAGGAUGAGGAUGAGCGUUCUGCAGAGUCAUUAGGGUUUCUGUCGAUGCAUCCCUCGGCAACUCGUCCCAGAAUUAGACUUUUGUGAAGGAAAUGACGGAACGUUCACCGUUUGAGGACGCAAACAGCGUCUCUCACCCUUCGUCACGGCGCAGUGGUAGAAAUGUAUUUUCCUUGUUGGCAAGGAGAGAAGUAUCUCCCAGAACAAAAUGCUUGCCAAGACGGCAGUGGGGUGAUGCUUCCAAAUGGGACACUGAGUUUUCUGAAGCUGCCAAAGAUGCGAGACGUGGUCUCUCCUCAUGGGCUGAGGCAGAUUCAUUGAGGCAUUUAUCAGCUAAAUAUUGUCCAUUAUUACCUCCUCCACGGUCGACCAUUGCAGCAGCAUUCAGUCCUGAUGGCAAAACCCUUGCUUCUACACACGGGGAUCAUACUGUAAAGAUAAUUGAUUGCCAAAGUGGAAACUGUUUAAAGGUGUUGAGUGGCCAUCGGAGAACUCCCUGGGUGGUUAGGUUCCAUCCGAAGCGUCCAGAAAUACUUGCAAGUGGAAGUUUGGAUCAUGAAGUUCGGCUAUGGGAUGCAAAUACAUCAGAGUGCAUUGGAUCUCGUGAUUUUUACCGUCCUAUUGCCUCAAUUGCUUUCCAUGCUGAAGGGGAAGUCCUUGCCGUUGCUUCAGGUCACAAGCUAUAUAUAUGGCACUACGAUAGGAGAGGAGAGACUUCCUCACCUACCAUUGUAUUGAAGACAAGGCGCUCACUUCGAGCAGUGCAUUUUCACCCGCAUGGCUCUCCCUUCCUCUUAACUGCUGAGGUCAAUGAUCUUGACUCUUCAGAUUCAUCAAUGACAUCGGCAACAUCUUCAGGAUCUUUAUGCUAUCCUCCUCCUGCAGUUUAUGUGACCAAUGUGCAUUCAGGUGACUGUCUUAGUAUGGCUGCCGAGCUAUCUUUGAUGUCUUUACCUUUUUCACACUUGCCUCCAUUUGCAAGAGAGGAUUCAAGGACAGAUCCACAUGUUGGUAGCAGACAUAAUAGUCCAUGUCACAUGGAAGUGGGUUCUUCUGCUUCAAUGAUUGCAAAUGCAGUGGAACAGCAUGAUCACAUGGAGAUGUCUCCUGCUAUAGCUUCUAACUCAUAUGCUGCAAUGGAAUACACUUUAACUGACUAUUGCCCUAAUGGAGUGCAAGAUUCUGUUGGUGACACCACCAUGGAUGCUACAAAUAUAAACGACGUGCAAGCCGUAGAGGGAUACCAGCAGAAUUUGAUUUCUGAAGCUGCUGGGGUACCUGGAUCUGUUGGUUUUCAGCCAGAUACGGUUUUCAGAAAACAUCAAUUUUUACAUUCUAGAGAUCCGACAUGUUGGGAGCUACCGUUUCUGCAAGGAUGGUUAAUGGGUCAAAGUCAAGCUGGCAUACCUGUGAUGCUUCCUGUUGAUAGUGACAGGCAUGGACAUCCAUCCGGGUAUCUUGGAGCCAGUCCUCCUACAUCAUCUGGUUUGACUUCUUGUAAUUGGGGGAUUCCAAUAGAUUCGUUGGCAAUGCCAUCCAGUGCUAAUAGAGAUUUGGCUUCAGGAGGAUCUGGCUCACGGGAUCGUUCUUCACGGGCCUGUUUGGUUCCUGCAUCAAACUCUAUACAGGGUGCUGGUUCUACUAUUGCACCCCAUGUUGGGAGUGGUUCUCUUCCCAUUAUUAGUAGAAUUCAGUCUGAAAUUGCUGCAUCACUUGCUGCUACAGCAAAUGCAGAGUUACCUUGCACUGUGAAGUUACGAAUAUGGUCACAUGAUAUAAACAGUCCUUCUGAUCCGCUUGACACUCAAAGAUGUCGCCUGACCAUACCACAUGCUGUCCUUUGUAGUGAAAUGGGAGCCCAUUUUUCACCUUGUGGGAGAUUUUUGGCUGCCUGUGUUGCAUGUGUCCUUCCACAAACAGAAGCUGAUACAGGUUUGUUAACACAAGUUUAUCAAGAUGCCUCAGGAGCUGGGACGUCCCCGACCCGUCACCCGAUCUCUGCGCACCAAGUCAUUUAUGAGCUUCGCAUAUUUUCUCUUGAGGAGGCAACCUUUGGUUCUGUGCUUGUAUCUCGGGCAAUUAGAGCUGCGCAUUGUCUUACUUCAAUCCAGUUCUCACCUACUUCUGAGCACCUAUUGCUUGCUUAUGGUCGGCGACAUAGUUCUCUUCUUAAAAGCAUUAUCAUUAAUGGAGAAACAUCAUUGCCUCUUUACACUGUUUUGGAGGUAUAUCGAGUAUCAGAUAUGGAACUUGUUAGUGUACUUCCUAGUGCAGAAGAUGAGGUCAAUGUAGCUUGCUUUCAUCCUUUAGCAGGCGGUGGUCUUGUGUAUGGAACCAAGGAAGGAAAACUUAGGGUUUUGCAGUAUGAUGGCUCUCACAAGAAGAAUAUUAUUGGACCAAAUUUAUUUUCGGAGGAAAAUAUGCUUGAGGUUCAGACAUAUGCUUUAGAAUGCUAGACACUUGUGUUGUAUUCUUCCUGCAAGGUGUGCAAUUUUGACUUGGGUGCCCAAGUUGUCUCUCCAGGAAUGGCAUACCUCUCCAAUGGAGCCGUUGCAGCAUUGCUAGAAAUGGGGCUUCUUCAAUUAACUUUGUCCUUUCAUAGUCUUUAUUUUUUCUUUUUUGUCUACUUGUACAACGUCAUAGGCCGGAAACUUGUCGACGCAAGUUUGCCGUUUGUAUUUUCAGUUUCAGUUUAUAUUCUUCACUGGUUUUGUUUAACUAGUUCAAUAUAGGCAACUGACAAAGAUCGACUCUCAGCUGAUAGGGUGCUUGUAUCAAAUUUGCUCUCAGAAUGUAGUUUAGAAAGUGAGCAGCGCGCCAGCAAUAUUCAGCUUAACAUACAGCCUUGGCUUCAAAAUCUAUUAUUAUGUUACUGCCAUGCUUUCAA